AUGACAGAACUGUCAACGCAACAUCCUGUGAUCGAUAUAUCACAGCAGUGGUCGUUGGCUUGUUCGCUGAGUUCAGGCUCAUCAGGUAGGCGCAGUUCCCGAGUUUCCGUCAAACUUAUGUUCAACUUGAACCCAAAUUGGACUGUGUUCGAGAAAUACACUCAUUUGCAAACCAAUUUGGUUUUCACAAGAGACUCAACUAAAUCUCUCGUUUAUGAUAUUCCUUAA